UGGUCCCCUCCUCGAUGCACGAGUCUCCGACCUGCAGACUCAAUUCAAGACACAAUACGAGAACGGACAGGCUCUCAUGCAGGAGGUGGCCCGACUGCGCGAGCAGGCCUCGAUGGCUGAAGAAGAACGCAAGCAGAUGACAGUCAGCCUGGACGGCAUUCGCAUGUUGCAGGCGGCCAACGAAGAUCAGCAUGAAAGGGUACAUGGUACAUGGUUUUUUUUUUCUCUUUGUCUUUACUUUUAUUUCCACUUUUCUUUUCCGUUGCAACACUGUCAGCAUGUUUGA